CACAGCUGUACUGGAGAUGAAGUGCUGCUGCUGUUCCGGGGGGAAACAAGAACCAGGCGGAACAUCGGAUCGCAGCAGCGAGAGUAAUGCACAUCUAGAGAACAAAGAGAAAGGAGAGAGUGAAGCAGCUAAUGUACUUUGAUCCACACUAAGGCAGAACGAUGGGUGAAAGAAACUGCACUUUGUUGGCAGUAACAUGGACUCAAGGCCAGCCAUCACAGAACCCUCAGGACCCUCUGAUGGCAAGCUAUGACAUUACACUGGAUUACGACAUUCCCGUGGACCAGAUUCCGGACACGACUCAGGGAAGAGCCUUUUUCAUUUCUACCAUUAUCAUCGCCAUCGUUCUGGUCUGCAUCAUGCUUGUCUGUGGCAUUGGGAACUGUCUCUUCAUCAUCACAUUAGUGCGUUACAAAAAGCUGCGCAACAUCACCAACCUGCUCAUCGCGAACUUAGCGGUGUCGGACUUCCUGGUGGCAGUCGUGUGCUGCCCGUUCCUGGUGGAUUACUAUGUCAUUAAGCAACUCUCCUGGGACCAUGGGAUUUUCCUGUGCAUUUCAAUCAACUACCUGAGGACAGUGUCUCUCUAUGUGUCCACCAACGCCCUGCUGGCCAUCGCUGUGGACAGAUACAUGGCCAUCGUGCAUCCUCUGAAGCCAAGAAUGAAGUACCAGACCGCCUACUGGCUGAUACUCGGAGUCUGGAUCUUCCCAAUCCUCAUCUCCGUUCCCUCGGCCUACUUUGCCACAGAGCAUGAGUACCCUGAAAGCGCUGUCGCACAUGGCAGCAAGAUCUUCUGCGCCCAGAUCUGGUCAGCAGACCAGCAGCUUCUCUACCGCUCUUAUUUUGUGUUCAUUCUGGUCGUGGAGUUUGUAGGACCCGUGGCAGUCAUGGCAUUGUGCUACGCUCGGAUCUCACGUGAACUCUGGUUCAAGAACGUUCCAGGGUUUCCAACUGAGCAGCUCGAGCGGCGUUUGCGGCGGAGGCGACGCACCGUUGUUGCUCUGAUUGCUGUCCUUGUGGCUUACAUGCUUUGCUGGGCGCCGUAUUACGGCUUUGCGCUUCUGCGGGAUUUCUACCCGUCAGUGAUCACGCGAGAGCGCAAUUCACUGGUCGCGUUCUACAUCGUCGAAUGCAUCGCCAUGAGCAACGGGGUCAUCAACACGCUGUGCUUCGUGAGUGUGAGGAACAAUGCUGCUAAGUGUCUCAAGAAGGCAAGAUGUGCGCAGUGGCACGUGGUGUCGAGGAACGCUGCCAUUGCUGGUGUGAAGAUGGUGGCUGAGGGCGAUAUGAGGACUUCUUCACUCAAAGUGACAGAGGAAGUGGAAUGUACACGAAUAAAAUGAAGAGAUGAAAGAUCUGGAGGAGGAGGAAGAGGAGGAGGAGAAGGAGGAGGACAGAGUUCCUGGUGUGACCCUAUUAAGUAAUAUUAACAAGAGAAAAUUCACAAAAGGUUACUCAGAGAUCAAAUUCCUCCAUCUUGGGAUAAAUGGAAAUAAACAGAAACAAACAAUUAAAUCUGCAUAUUACAGGCUCUACAUGCUAAAAAAAAAGGUUUCUCAUGGAUUUUUGUGAUAGUUAAAGGUUCUUAAAGAGGUCCUAUAUCAUAACAAGGUCUGAAAGGAAACCCUGUGCUGUACAGUUCUACAUAAAAUCUUUAAUUCCACAGCGGGUUCUAGAUUUAGCCUUUUUGCACACUGAGUGGCCAGAUCAUUAAGUAAUGUCACUCCUACCUUUUACACGCUCAGAAAAAGGGUUCCUCAAAGGAUCUUUGGACAGUUAAGGGUUCUUUCCUUACUAAAGGAAUUCUAGGUGGAAGUAUCUCUAACAGAGGAACACUUUGUUGGAGGAGACUGAAGAAUGCUUUAGAUUGGUAGAUUGAACUUGAGCUGCUCCUCAAGACUUCUUAGCAUCUUAAAGGGUUUCUAAUAGUGGAGGACUCUGGUGUUGGGCUCUCUAUUAAAACUUUAAGGGUCUCUACAAAGGGAAAAGCAGAAGAAUCGUUCAGCAAUUCCAAUGUAUUAGUUCUUCUCUGCUCUGUCCAUCAAUGGAAUGGGACCAACAGUCUGUCACCAAAAAAAGAAUAAAAAUUAAACCAGUACAGAACACUGAUGAAGGCUAGAGAACAAUAUUUGGGAUGAAAUUGUGCUCGGGAGAAGAUGAAGUCGCACCAACAGUGGAAGUAGUCCAGAAUCCAUGAUCUGCCUGGAGGACUUUAAAAAAAUUUUCCAGAAGGAGCUGAGAUCAAAUUCACUCGCUGCACAAAUGCAACCUCAGACAUACCUCAGAAAUUACUCAUCUCCAAUAUUCUUUCUUUUAUCUUUUUUUUUUAACUAUAAUUAAAUAAGUUUGUAUAUCAGGGGUCAUAUGGCUUUGCUUUACCCCCUGCACAACCAACUAAAUGCCAAAGUGCAAGGCUAAUGGGUAAAAACUGACAAGCAUGUUUUACACUUUCUUUUCUACUCAAUUCCAUCCCCAAGUCCUUUUUUAGUGAUUGUAGAUGUUAAGCAUUAGUGAUGUCUCUUUAUUUAUUCAGCAAAAAGCUAUUAUUAACUAUUAGCCUGCAUUCUCUGCUUCGUUCUCUUUUCUCAUGAGAAAUAAUGAAGAUAAUCUCAAGUAUUUGUUCAUUUAUUUGUUCGUAUUUUUGUGGCUCUCUGGAACAAAAAAAUCCUUUGCUUCAGGAAGGUUCAUAUUCAUUUUUCAUAUAUGGAAUAUUUGUGUU